AGUGAGUCGGAUUCCGUCGGGGCGGGUCGUCACUGCAAUUUAUCAUUACACUUUAUAAUUUGUGUAUUUUAACUUUAACGUAGGGCGACCCGAUACCUAACCCGACUAAAUUAGAGUACUUAAUAAGACACAAAGAUGUUGCAUCUAAAGAACAUAGCCAAAACUGUGGUUCCGCCAUUGAAAAAUUCAAUCCAAAAUGAGGCAGUCAAUAAUAUGAUCAGAAUCACGCCUGCUGCUGUGAACGUUUGUUGCCGUACAUAUGCGAGCCAUGAAAUACCAGACAGGCUCAAAGACAUUCCGACCAGUGCAAAUCCAAGAUUCUUCGACAUGGUUGAGUAUUUCUUCCAUAGAGCCUGCCAGGUAAUAGAAGACAAACUUGUGGAAGACAUGAAGUCGAGAGUUUCUAUUGAAGAAAAGAAAAAGAAGGUUACAGGUAUACUGAACAUGAUGCAGCCUUGUGACCAUAUAAUUGAAAUCCAAUUUCCACUAAGGCGUGAUUCUGGCGACUACGAAAUGAUCCUCGGAUACAGAGCUCAACAUUCCUCACACAGAACCCCCACUAAAGGAGGUAUUCGUUUCUCGACGGACGUGACCAGGGACGAAGUAAAAGCCCUAUCUGCUCUGAUGACAUUCAAAUGCGCAUGCGUCGACGUUCCAUUCGGCGGAGCCAAGGCCGGCAUCAAAAUCAACCCCAAGGAGUACUCCGAACACGAGCUCGAGAAGAUCACCCGUCGUUUCACACUCGAACUAGCCAAGAAAGGAUUCAUUGGGCCCGGUGUGGACGUACCAGCCCCAGACAUGGGAACAGGCGAACGCGAGAUGUCAUGGAUCGCAGACACAUACGCUAAGACCGUCGGCUACCAAGACAUCAACGCCCAUGCCUGCGUCACCGGCAAGCCGAUCAACCAGGGUGGUAUCCACGGCAGAGUGUCCGCCACCGGCAGAGGAGUGUUCCACGGUCUCGAGAAUUUCAUUAACGAGGCCAACUACAUGAGCAUGAUUGGAACAACCCCCGGUUGGGGCGGUAAAACGUUCAUAGUUCAGGGCUUCGGUAACGUAGGCUUGCACACGUGCCGGUACCUCGUCCGCGCGGGCGCCACAUGCAUCGGCGUCAUCGAGCAUGACGGCGCCAUACACAACCCCGACGGUAUCGACCCCAAGGCUCUGGAAGACUACAGGAUAGAUAACGGCACUAUCGUCGGGUUCCCGGGGGCGAAGGCCUAUGAAGGUGAAAACAUGUUAUACGAGAAGUGCGACAUCCUUGUGCCGGCCGCCGUAGAACAAGUGAUCCACAAGGAGAAUGCUCACAAAAUCCAGGCUAAGAUUAUCGCCGAAGCUGCCAACGGUCCCACAACGCCGGCGGCAGACAAGAUCUUAAUCGACCGCAACAUCCUGGUCAUUCCGGACCUUUACAUCAACGCUGGUGGUGUCACCGUAUCAUUUUUCGAGUGGCUCAAGAACCUGAAUCAUGUGUCGUACGGACGUCUCACGUUCAAGUACGAGCGCGAGUCCAACUACCAUCUGUUGGAAUCAGUACAAGAGUCCCUUGAAAGGCGUUUCGGCCGCGUCGGUGGUCGUAUUCCCGUCACCCCAUCAGAAUCCUUCCAGAAGAGGAUUUCUGGUGCAUCAGAAAAAGACAUUGUACACUCCGGUCUAGACUAUACCAUGGAGAGGUCUGCUAGGGCCAUCAUGAAGACUGCCAUGAGGCAUAACUUGGGCUUAGAUCUGAGAACAGCGGCGUACGCCAACUCCAUCGAGAAGAUAUUCACCACAUACGCGGACGCUGGUCUCGCCUUUUAAACACUCAUAAGAUAAAAACAAAGUAUUGUCUGCAUUUUACAAACUCCAUCUUAGACCCUCUGCACUUAAAUACAAUUUAAUACAUUAUAAUUCACAGUAUUUGUUUCUUGGAAUCAUGGCUUUUUUUAAUUUACUGUUAAAAUAUUAUGUGAAAUUAUGACUAUUUUCCAUUUGUAUGUAUCUUCAUGAAUUUUAAAUAAAAUAUUGUUUUACUGUUAU